GCCCUGAUUUUCUUUUGAGUUUGUCGUUUCGAUUCGCAGAGUCUCGUGUGCAAGUGCAGAGCAUAUUUUCCAUUUUCGCAGUGCAUUACUUAAUUUGGGAGAUUGGUGAAAACGGUUCGACAUUGACUAUUGGUUCUAAGCUUGGCGAUAUGUUGAAAUUGACCUUGAGUGUUGGGCUUCUGCUUUUGGCGGGCCACAGUGCGUAUGCGCAACAUCAGGACUACACCACACCGGUGCCCAUUCUCAAGCAGAUCGACAAGCACAACGACGAUGGAUCCUACACAUAUGGAUACGAAGCGGCCGAUAAGAGCUUCAAGAUCGAGACCAAAUACGCGAAUGGGGAGGUCUACGGAAAGUACGGCUAUGUGGAUGACCAGGGCAAAGUGCGGGAAAUCGAGUAUGGAGCCAGUAAGCGUGGCUUUGAGCCCGCUGGCAGCCACAUCAAUGUGCCACCACCCACGCUCACCAAUAGCAAUCCCUAUCCAUUGGGACCCAACGAACUGGACGAUGGUCAGUAUCGCGAGGACCCCGCCGUGUACUACAAGGACCAGAAGUUCAAUCGCCCCCUAUCACCGGCCAGUAAAUUCAGUCUAAACGAUUUUGGACGCGGCCAGCAGCAGGCGUACGCCCCGCCCCCUCGGCAACCCGCCCCCCAAGCGCCCUACUACAAUCCCACACCCCAGUACUACAAUCCCCCGGCUCCGCAGCCCCGCUACUACCAGCCCCCGGCACAGAACUACUAUAAUCCCCAGCAGCAACAGCCAUACAGAGGGUUGCCGGAGCAACAUCAUCCCUCUCUGCGAAACCUAAACCUCUACACCGGUUCCUAUAGCAUCGACUAUACGGGCCGGAAGUAGGAAGUAGGAGGAGGAGCUUUGGAUUGGGGGGAUCACCUUUGAGUUGGGCCAGAGAGUCAGGGACUGAAGUGUCCGAGGACAAUGUCAACUUGUUACUGCCAAAUAAAUCAGUCACUCCGCACACCCCACAUAUAUCUAUUACUGUAACUGUUUGUAUAUGUUCUUGAAUGUGUGUAAUAAAUCGAGUUUCGAGACCUGAAGCGUUUACAGAGAAACAAAA